UUUUUUUUUACAAAUAAUAAUAUGGGGUUGAAAUUAUGGUGGAGUUUAUUUAGUUUAAGUCAAAUUGUUUAUAUUGUUACGGCGAGUUUAAAUAUUUAUUUAGAUCAAAAUGAAGUGAAACGACUCUUUGGUUUGCCAGCGGAACUUUUCUAUGUUCGAGAAGGUGUUUUGAACGAGUAUGCUUUGAAAUAUAUUGUACCGGUUUCAGCACAAAUCGAUGCGGUUUUCUUCAGUUGGCAAAGUUUAACUGGUCGAACACUUCCCUACGAAAUUACUAUCGAAACAUCCAACAAUAUAAUCCUAAACGAACCCCAGUUAAAUAUUUCAACAGUUGGACAAAUUCCUAUUGAACCCGAAACAUUCAGCGUAUUUCUACCAUGUUCCGGUCAAGCUGCAGGCGAUGUCAACAUCACACUCAACAUAAACGUAACAUUUAAUCGUGCCACAAACAACGUAACAUCCUUACAUAUUCUACGCCGUAAAUCUUGCCUAAAACCCGACACGUUCCUAACCCAACAAAAUAAUCAAGUAUUUAUCGAUGUUGCCCCAAAUGAAACACUAUCAACAAAUAUUUUUUAUAUGGCUGACGCAUGUGCGAUAGCACUGAUAUUAGUCACAAGUAUAUUUGUAUGUGCGUAUUAUAUGCGUAAUAAAAAGAGUCAAAAUAUGAAUCGACCUGGUGGGAUUACACAGGAAUCGAUGGCUGUGGUACAAAAUUGUUCGUCGGUGAAUUCAGCUAGUGGAUUAAAUCGUCAAAAUUUACAUCAAACUACGUUCAUGUCGACAGUAACACCGUUACCACAAAAUUUGUUUACUGGGACAUCGCCAUUUUCGCAUAAAUCUGGUAGUAGUUAUACAAGCUUCCGUCGUGUACCUGCAUAUACUCUCACCGAUGAAGAAUCAAAAGAUCUUCAACAAAAAAUCACUGAAAUGACUGUACAACGUUGCCGUGUCCGAUUACGUAGCGUAGUACUCGAAGGUACAUUCGGUCGUGUGUACCAUGGAUCCUACACCAAGGAAGACGGUCAAGAAGAAGAUGUGUUAGUGAAGACAGUCACAGACCAUGCAUCACAAACACAAAUUUCCUUGCUCCUACAAGAAGGCAUCACCAUGUAUGGAUUGAAUCACGAUAAUGUUUUAACGAUAUUAGGUGUGUCCGUAGUAAAUCAUGCAGCACCAUUUUUAAUAUAUCCAUAUAACGGAUAUACGAAUUUGAAACGAUUCUUACAAAAAUGUAAAUUGUGUGCGGAAGGUGUAGCGCGUACGUUAACCACACAGGAAGUUAUUGAUAUGGUUUUGCAAGUUGUGCAAGGUAUGCAAUAUCUUCAUUCGACUUUGUUGAAGCAUAAGGAUUUAGCAGCUAGAAAUUGCGUUGUUGAUGAUAAACUACAUGUCAAAAUUACUGAUAAUGCAUUAUCACGUGACUUAUUUCCAGCUGAUUAUCAUUGUUUGGGUGAUAAUGAGAAUCGUCCAAUUAAGUGGCUGGCAAUUGAAAGUUUACAAUAUAAUUUGUUCCUAUUUCAAUCGGAUGUAUGGUCAUUUGGAGUUUUGCUAUGGGAAUUUAUGACUUUGGCUCAACAACCGUAUGUGGAAAUUGAUCCAUUCGAGAUGGAAGCGUAUUUAAAGGAUGGAUAUCGUUUGGCACAACCUGUUAAUUGUCCUGAUGAAUUAUUUGCAGUAAUGGCAUAUUGUUGGGCCAUGCGUACUGAAGAGAGGCCUUCAUUUAAACAAUUACAAGUCUGUUUACAAGAAUUUUAUAUGCAACUUACGAAAUAUGUUUGAAAUCAAAUCAAUUUAUGGAUCUCAUGUUUACAAUAUUUAUAUUAAAACAAAAUGAUAUUAAUUAUUAUAGAGAAUAUUAAUUAUUAUAUAAAAGAGAUAUAUUUACACUGUAGCUCGAGUUAAUUUAGCUAGCUAGAUUAAAAGCAUACGUUUAAACGUUAUCUCUUAUCAGGGUGAUGAUCGAUGUGGAAAUGUCAGGGAAUUUAAGUAUAGUUCAGGAAAAAUGAAAUAUUGAGUCUCUAGUUUAAUUUUAAAGACCUCAUUCUCCAUAGAUUUCUUGGAAUUUAGUGUUUAGUUUGGCUGCCAUCUCGUUGGCCAUUUAUAGUAUAUGAAGUAAGAAGAGUUUUUAUGGAUGUUCUUAUGCAUAAAACGAAGAAAACAACACAGUAGUGCUGUAUAGCAAGCACAUAGCCAAGCAGGUUUGGUGUGUCUAUUGAUAGCGAUCAUACCUCAUAGGAGAUAGUGCCUUGAAGAAAGCAUGACCAUUGUGAAUACACACCAAACCUGUGCUUGCUAUGCAAGACUACUGUAUUGUUUUCUUUAUUUUAUACAUAAGAACAUCUAUAAAAAGUCUUCUAACUUCAUAUACUUUAAAUGUCAAAAUCUCACAAGAGCUUCAUAGACCUGUCUAAAGCUCUAUGAAUCUUACUUAUCUAGAUUAACUCUAACUACAGUUUAAAUAUACCUUAAAAACGCCAUAAUGGAAGAAACUUUUUGAUGAAAUGAUGUUUUUUGAAUUAUUUAUAUUUAAAAAAGAAAAUAUUGAUGCUG